GUCCCACGUAAUCGAGUGUUUACCGUCAGUCGUGAUUCAUUCAUUCGCUGGACACGAUCAUUUUUAACUCACCUACUGAUUUCGGAACUCAAGUUGUUUUCAGAGUAUUGCUUUUUUCUUCAAAGAAUUGAGGUGGAACUAUUUAUCUAAUGCUGGGAUUAUUCCUCGUCAUAUUCGAGUUGCAUUAUUAAAUUCUGAUCAGUGUAUAUCUAAAUUUAGAGGAAAAAGUGAUAAAUAAUGUUUCCAAAUGUAUUAACACCUUCUCCGAUGUAUCGCAGUAUAUUUCAUCCGCGUGUGAUCGCCAUCGGGAAUCCCCAUAUUCAGGCAGCAGUCCCUACGAACACAUCGUUUCUAAUUAAAGACAUUUUAGCAGAAAAAUCAUCCAACAAACUACCGAGGCCGAUUCCCACACACCCGGUCUCAUGUUCCACGUGCAAUUGCUUGCGUGAUUCGCACACGUGUGAUUCGAGGGUAAAACAUGAACAAUCACUGAAAUUUGGAGUCAACUCGAUUCUUACAUCUCACAUUCCAAGCCAUUCAGCCGGCGAAACGAAAAAAGCAAUAUCAACAGGUAGUCACAGCCAUCCUAACUAUAAAAGUUUCAGUAUUUCACCGGGAGAAGCACACGCGCUUUCACCUCCUCAGUUAAAUGCGGUCGCGUUUAGUUCCUUAGCCCGAAGUAUAUACGAUAGCUCAUUACAUGGACUGACAAGAUCACCGUUUUUCUCAGUAAGUGGCAAUUCUGUAAUCCCAGUACCGAGUGCAUUCCCUUGGCCAGGCCCAAAUAGAGGUAAACCGAGGCGAGGUAUGCUACGGAGAGCAGUGUUCUCAGACGCGCAAAGGAAGGGCUUAGAGAAAAAGUUCCAACAGCAGAAAUACAUCAGCAAACCAGAUAGGAAGAAAUUGGCCGGCAAAUUGGGCCUAAAAGACUCACAAGUGAAAAUUUGGUUUCAAAAUCGUCGUAUGAAAUGGAGGAAUUCAAAAGAAAGAGAGCUACUGUCGUCUGGUGGAUCACGUGAGUCAACUCUACCAAACAAGUCCAAUCCGAAUCCAGAUUUAAGUGACGUAAAGACGGAGACAGACGAUCACAGCGAACCCUACCACAACUCCGACAGUGAACGGGAACCAGACAGCCCGAUGAGCAGCCCAUGUCCUAGCCCUAGCCUCAUCAGCAACGAAGCUCCCAGUAUCAGCGACUGUAUCCCAUUUGCCUCAAAUAACGUUCCAAGCCACGAACCAUACAACUAAUAAUAUAUAGUGUAUAUAUACAUAGAUCUUACCAGCCAAUUUAAUAGAUAAUUUUACUGGCGAGUAUUUAUUUUUUAAAAGAUCCUAUUCUGCAUUUGCCCGUCCUUUUCUAACUAUUUUUGAUUAUUAUUUAGUCUAGUUUCUGUUUUGUGACGUCAUUUAGAGGCUUCGUGUUAACAGAGCAGAUUUAUCUAACACAGACGUGUAUACGAGCAAUAAACUUUUCAUUUCUUUCUAAAUGCUAUUAACUUAAUUUUCUAUCAACAACAUAGACCCAUGUAUCUUCUUGAUAACCAGUGAAGUGAUAAAUGCAGUUUGCUAGAUCAGACCAGAGACAAGAGAGGUUGAGAUAUCAUUUAUUCUGAAUCCAAUUCAUUCGAUUCCGACUUUCCCGUCCUUUUCUGAACUAUACCGUAAUUAAUCAUAUCAGACUAUUAUUUAUUGACUUACCGUAUAUUCUAGUUUAUGUUUUGUGAUGUCAUUUUGGGAGGGCUGGGGUUCGUGUUAAGAGGACUGAAAAUUUGUCCAUAAGCGUGUAUACAAGCAAUAUUUUUUUUCUUUUCAAAUGAAUGUUUUAUGAACGACAUAUGUAUAUAAAUAAAUAGAGAAAGAGAGAAAUAAAAAAUAAAGAUUCUCUUUGAAUCUACUACAAAGAAAUUCAAUUUUUAUAUAAUUUUUAGAUUACAGUAGUUAUAUUAAAGAAUAGAAAAUGUUGCUUUUGGUAUAUGACCCUCAUUGAGGAGCAUAUGUUUCAAAUAGUUUUACCAAGUUUUGCCCUUACAACGUACGACCACAAUGUAUUGAACGAAAAUGUUUAUUACAAUCAAUUCUUUCCGACAAACAGUAACAACGUAUCCGUAAAUAUGUGCACUCCAACAAAAUACACACGCACAGAAAUCAGGGGUGGCGCCAGGAUUUUCCCGACGGGGGUCACCGACUGGGUGGGGGG